ACGUGAAUCUUGAAUUGAUUAAAACUGGGACAAUCUUCAUCCUUUGUAUAUUGAAUUGGCUUCCGCUUGCCUUUGGGAAAACAAAGCCCUGAAGUCAAUUUCGUUCGGCUUAUUUAUCAAUCGUUGAAAGGCGAAGACACCUUCGAGGGGUAGAUAAACGGACAAGUGGGGAUACGCUUUCACUUUUUCAAUAUUGUUGGAAACUGAACGUUAGUUCCUCUCGCAAGAAGAGAGAGAGCACCUUCUUCUCAUUGUUACAGUGUGAAAAGAUCAUUGUAGUUUUGCCGUCCAUUUAGAGUAGAGACGCCUAAUUUGUGCAACAUAGUCUCUGUUUACAGAUGACAAAGUUGUUGUUGAGUUUUUUCUAGCAGUCUUCUUCAGUCGCGAUUCACAGAAAAAAAAAAAAAACGGCUUCGUAGACUCACUACCAUCACGACACCAGGAUUUCAUAUACAACACGGACUCAAGAAGGAUCUCUCAAUUUUUGGACCACCGGCUGACAUCAGGGAUUUUCGUGACAAAUUUCAUCAUCUAUGUCCUUUCCGACCUGAGAGGUACUUGAACUUAAAGGGAACAGACAUAUUCAAAGAAAUGGCCACUGAACUAUCUUUGAGCACAGCUUUCCAGAUAGUGUUUUGUCUGGCCCUCAUGUUUGUCAUCUUAACUGGAAAUUCGUUCGUAGUUGCGGCGUUUUUUUCAAACUUCAGGCUUCGAACCGGCACCUACACUUUUCUCGUCAGCUUAGCUAUCUCUGAUCUACUGGUGGGAUGUGUUUCUUUGCCUCUAUAUAUGUACAUCAGCCUAAAAAACGUCCAGAGAGGUCCAUUGAACACAUUUUUCUUAUCUUUUGACAUUUUCAGUGCGCUGGCUUCCAUUUUUCAUUUGACAAGCGUAAGUCUGGAGCGCUGGCUGGCCAUUUCGCGACCGUUUGUUCAUGAGACACUCUCUACACUGCAUUACUCUUUGGCUAUCUGCGGCGUGUGGAUGACAGCUUUUGCCAUAGCAGCUAUUCGACCUGCUCUGGACGAAUCCACGAGUAGCAACCCGCACAGAAUUUACACGCCAUUUCUCCUGCUCGUUGGUUAUGUUGGGCCAGGAAUUCUCAUCAGCGUUGUCAACUAUUCCAUUUUUAAAGUGGCUCGCGCGCUCAUUGCAAAUCUCCCAACAAUACAAAACGUGGAAGAAAGCACCAAAUUACAUAAGAACAUAAACAAACAAAGACGCACAGCCCUCACGCUGACAUUUGUCACGGCCUUGUUUCUCGUUUCGUGGUUGUCAUUCUUUGUAAUGAGUACAAUCUCCGCAUUUUGCACGCAGUGCUUGCCUAUCCAGAAAAUCACGGCUUUCCUUAUCUUUGCAAAAUGGUUGCAGUAUUGCAACAGCGCUAUGAACCCAUUAGUUUACGCCUUUCGUGAUACCGAAAUGAGAAAAACGUUUCUCAGGCUUCUCGGUCCGUGCAGACGCGUGUUAGCGUCCCGGCGCCGUUGGCGCGUUGCGCCAGUUGACAUGUCCCAAGACCAAAGAACUACACGAUUUCGAGACGACAACAAGACAACGAUGGAAAUGGAAUCACAGCUAUAAACACAAGACGAAACUGUCACUUUAUGUUUCAAUAACUUGUUCAACCACACAAGGUUUGUAAAUAGUCAAUUAAAAGUGCCCGCUAGGGUCCUUGAAUGUAAGCAAUGUAACAGUCACAACAGACCAGAAUAGCCAUUCGAAUUAGAACGUUGGAAAACUUUAAUUUCAACUGCAAGUGGUAAAAUGGAUUUUAACCCGUCUACUUGAAAAGAAAAAAAUUGGGUUAUUUCAACUGCCUUUAUGUCAUCUUUAUCUUAAAUUAAUAGCUGCAUUAUGACCGCAUGCUUAACAAUCGACUUGGAGGUCGGGACGGGAAAUGUCGGUUAUAACUCUAAGUAAUGGCGCACAGAGCAACCCCCGUGAGGCCAGAAAAAACUGGCCUAAUGUUCGCUAUUUUCCCGUCCGGUCCGAAUCAAUUGCCGGAAGUCGAGAAGUAUCGAUAUAUCCUAUGGGGAUCUCCUUUAUCGAGCUUUCACGUUGGAAAAAUUUGAAAAUAUCUGUGAAUAUUAAAUACUCCCUCCAUGUUGUGGAUCGAACUGAACUUACUUUGCCUGCCUGGUAAUUCAUCUAUGCCAGUAUACAGAUGUUGCUAGAUUCAUUAGCAAUAGUAGAUGAACGGCUGCAGUUCUUUGAGGUCACAUACAAUAUCAGUGGUUUUCGUUGCAAAAAAAUACCACAGUUUGUAAUGGUAAUAGGACAUCGUGUCGUCCAAUUCGGUCUCUAUUCAUACGAGUGAUUAACAAAAUCGAACGACCGCGAAGUAGGAGUCCAAUCAUUUGUUAAUCACUGGUAUGAUUACAGAAAACUAUAACAAAAUUCUCGAACGUGAUUGGCUAUCAGUAG